CAUUAUUAAGUACCUAUUUUAUAUUAUAUAAUUGGACGAACUCAGCGAACACGCUAUAUGUUUAAGGUAUAAGUCAUCUAUUGGUCAAUAGAAAAACUAAAAACCAACGAGGAAACUGCGUUUUACGAUAUUCUGGCAUAAUAAAGGCGGGUUCCCACGGCGCGUGGCUCGGCGAACUUCGCGCAACUCGGUUGUUGUACCGUAUGCUCGGCAUAUCACGAGCCUAAAAUGUCAACAGCAUUCCCACGGCGCGUGACUUGGCGAGCCACGAGCUUAUCCGAGCCGAUCAGAGUUCCUACAAAAUUAUUUAGACGCCAAAAGUCUCAGUUCAAAAUGAGUCGUUCUUUGGAUAACACGCAAAUUGCUGCUUGUGCAGCAGCGUAUAUUGUAAUUGUAGGCGGUGAUUAUUUAAAAGAAAAAUUAGUUGAAAAAGAAAAAACGAAAUCCUGCAAGGAAAGAAGAUAUUGGAUGCAUGAAGUUUACAAAAGCCGUGCUAGGUACAAUGCAACGGAUCUGUUAGAAGAUUUAAAACGGGGACCAUCUAACAAGUUUCAAAACUUCUGUAGAAUGUCUGCCACAGACUUUGAAUAUCUUAUUCAAAAAAUUGGUCCAACCAUAUGUAAAACUGAUACAAACAUGAGAAAGUGUAUUCCGGUUCAGGAAAGGCUAGCUGUUACCUUAAGGUUCUUAGCCACAGGAGAUAGCUUUAAGAGCUUGUCAUACUUGUUCAAGUUUUCAAGUCAAACUGUUUCCAGGUGUAUUCAAGAUGUUUGUAAGGCGUUAAAUCAGGAGUUGAAAAAUGAAAUCAUGUUGCCAAACAAUGAAAGUGGUUGGAAAAAUAUAGCAGCAGAUUUUUACGAUAAAUGGAAUUUUCCCAACUGCCUCGGGGCUAUUGACGGAAAACAUAUAGUGAUCCAGUGCCCUGCAAAUAGUGGAUCUGAAUACUAUAAUUAUAAGGGAACGUUUAGUAUUGUGCUUAUGGCUGUCGUGAACUCGGAUUAUAGUUUUACUUAUGUGGAUAUCGGCUGUCAAGGCAGAAUCAGUGAUGGUGGCGUACUUCGGAACACGUCGUUUUUUAAAAAACUGGAGACUGAUGAAUUAAUACCACAAGAAGGAAUACUACCUAAUACAAAUGUUUCAUUACCAUAUGUAUUUGUGACUGAUGAAGCUUUUGCCCUGAGUAAGAACAUAAUGAAACCUUACUCAGGAGUCUAUGAAAAUGGAAACUGCAAAAGAAUUUUCAAUUACCGACUUUCUCGAGCACGCAGAGUAGUUGAGAACGUUUUUGGAAUUAUGGCCUCAGUAUUCCGUGUAUUUAGAGGACCUAUACUUUUAGAGCCAGAAAAAGUUAGAGAUAUAACGAUGACUUGUGUAUUGUUGCAUAACUUCUUAAGGAAAAGCAGAUCAUCAAAUUCCAUAUACACACCACCUGGAAUUUUCGAUACUGAAAAUAAUGAUGGAAUUGUAAUACCAGGCUCAUGGAGGUCCGAGCAAAAUUGUACCAAAUCUAUGCUUCCAUUACAAAGAGUACCGAGAAAAUCUGGCCUUGAAGCAAAAAUGGUUAGGGAUCAGUUAGCUGAAUAUUUUAUGACAAGCGGAACGGUGGAAUGGCAAGAAAAUGCCAAAUAAUAAAUUUAAAUUUAAUUAUUAUUGCUUAUAUUUGUAAUAUACGUAUUUACGUAUUUGUAUUUACAUUAUUUAUUUAAUAUUAUUAUUAUUAUAUACACUAAUAAAAACAGCAUUAAUAAAAUAAAUUUAACAUAUUAAGAUACUUAAUAGAAGUAUUCAUUUUUUAAAGCAAACUAAAACUUAAAAAUAUUUAUGAUAAAUACAUUAGUAAUUAUUUCAUUGAAACUAUUUUAUUGAUUAGAUUUUUAUUCAUUUCUGCUAAUAACAUAGAGACUAUGAACAACUAAAAUUAACAUUUGGUUUAUGGUUGGUAGAAUUAUACAUGUCGAUACCGGUUACUACAUGUCUAAACCGGUGACUAGAGCAUCGUGAAUGAUUACUAUUUAUAUUUAUAUUUAUAUUCAUAUUUAUAUUUUCUGCAUUGGCCAUUGGCAUUUUUAACAUGCACAGGGCCGUACUUAGGAGAAUAUAAUUAUUGAAAUAUAUCAUAGUAUAAGUAUAAAAAAUAAUAAAUAAAUAUUUAUUAAUUAAAUAAUAUUUUUUAUAAGUAAUAUACAAUCUGUACCAAUAUUAUUUACAAUUACAUGAAACGGUUGAUGGAAGAAGCUACAGCAGCCUACGAAGUGUAUUAUCCAAAUAAUAAAAUAUAAUUAAACAAUAUAUAACUAAUUAAACUUACCUCUG